AUGCUGCUCGCUGGUUUCCAUUAUGCAGCUGGCAGCUUCCAAGACGAAAUUGAUCUGUUGGAGUCACUCCACGAACGUGACUUACAAACUCCUGGGAUGAACGACCACAUGAUUCAAGAAUUGCUGUCAAAACGAGCCCAGGCGUACGAAAGCCUCGGCAACAACGAACGGGCCAUAAAUCUAUUGAUCGAGGAGCUUGAGGUCGUCAAGAGAGCGUCUCCACCUGGAACUCCCGCUGUACGUGAUGUUCUAUACAGGUUAUCAGAGUUGUACCUCACUGUAGGACAAGCCGAAAAGAUUGUGACAUUGCUCGAGGAUGCUUUCAAACUGGAUUCCAAACAGGACCCGCCAGAUCAUACGUGGUUCUGGACCACGACAAGCUUAGUAAAGGCCUAUUUGCAUCUCGAGAAGUACGAUCAAGCAAUGCCGAUUCUCGAAGAGAUGCAUCUGCAGUAUUCGAGGAUGAAUCCGGAAGAUAAAUUCGCCCGAGCUGAUAUCAUGCAUAAACUAGCAAUUGCCUAUCUCGGAACUGAGGAGCCAAGUCGGGCAGUUCCAUUGCUCGAAGAGGUGAUCGAGUUGAACAGGUUAUGGCUUCCUCUCAGUUCUCUGCAACUUCAUGCAGCUAUUAAAAGGCUAGCGACUGCCUUCAUCGAAACUGACAAUCGGAGUCAAGCAGCCCCACUCUUCGAAGAAGUUGUCAAAUUCGAAAAGUCAAGCCUACCUCCAGAUGAGGCAGGACUUUUAGGGUCUAUGAUAAACCUCGCAUUGGUAUACUUCAAUCUUAACAAACCCGACCAGACAGUCUUAUUGCUCGACGAAGUGGUUGAGAUCCAACGAUCAAGUCUUGCCCCAGAUGAUCCAGAACGAUUAGCGCCUCUAGUUCUGCUCGGCAAGGCCUAUCUCAAACUCAUGCAAUCGAGUGAAGCACGAGGAUUGCUCCAAGAAGUGGUUGAGAUCGAAAGAUCAAGUGUUCCCUCGGAUGACACAGACCGACUAGCCACUCUAUAUCUGCUUGCACAGGCCCAUAUCAAUCUCAAGCAACCGGGUCUAGCACUAGAAUAUCUUGAAGAGCUGGUCAAGUGUCGAAGGUCAAGUCUUCCUCUGAAUGAUGAAGACUUAGUGUUCAGUAUUGAGCUGCUAGCAAAGAACUAUCUCAAUCUCGACAGACCAAGUCAGGCAGUCACAUUGCUAGAAGACGUGGUCAAGGAUCCUCUGACCCACAGCUCAGAGGGACACUCCAUCAGGGUGAAGAUAUUAGCAGAUGCUUAUUUCAUGCUUGACAAGCCGGAUCACGCAGUCACAUUGCUCGAAGAGUUGGUCGAAAGUCUUCCAGCAGACAAUUCAGAACGACCUUCGAGUGCGGAUAGGCUGGCAAAUGCAUAUGUUAAGGUUGGCAAACCAUCUCAGGCAGUCACAUUGCUCGAAAAGCUCGUCGAAGGUCUUUCUGAGGACGAUACAGGACGACUCUUCAGCAUAAACUCGCUAGCAUAUACCUACAUCAGACUUGACAAACCAGAUCAGACAGUCACAUUGCUCGAAGAGCACAUCAAAGGUCUUCCAGAGGACUAUUCAGGACGAUUGUUCGAUAUUAACUUGCUAGCAGAGGCCUAUCUCAUGCUUGGUAAACCAGAUCAGACAGUUGCGCUGCUCGAGGAGCUGGUCGAAAGUCUUCUAGCAGACACAGCAGGACGACCUCACAGUACAAGUCUGCUGGCAGAGGCAUAUCUUAGGCUCGGCAAACCAUCUCAGACAGUGAAACUACUCGAAGAGCUAGCUGAGUAUCUUCCAGCAGACGCUCCAGAUCGGUUGGCUCGUAUGCACAUGCUGGCAGAUGCUUAUCUCAUGCUUGACAAACCGAAUCAGGUAGUCGCAUUGCUCGAAGAAGCAGUCAAGAGUCUUCCUGAUGACUUUCCAGAAGAAGUUGUCCCCAUUAUGGAGCUGCUAGCAAAGGCCUUUAAGGAACUUGGUAGGCCUAAACAGGCGGUCCCAUUGCUGGAACGUAUCGUUGCUUGGGACAGAGGUCAUCUGGCGGAAGACGACGUAGGGCGCCUCGUGACUAUGAGCAAUCUAGCACAGGCUUACACAAAGUUGGGAACUUGCGAGAAGGUCAAAGAGGCCGUGCUAUUACUUGAAGAGGUGAUAGAAAAGGGGCAAGAUACUUUGCAUGCCAAUCCGGAAGAUUUGAAGUUUACCCAAGAAAAACUGGCUGAAGCUCAGGAGAAGCUGAGACAAAUCUCUGGAGAACAAUUGCCUACAGCACAGUCUACCAACACCUUCGGAACCUAA